GAAAGCCUUGGAAUAGCCUACAGGCGUCUCAAACAAGUUUGUAUGCUAGCCUAAGUUACGCGGUUCGAUCUGAUGCACGCAAGAAUAAUAAGAAGCCUGUGAAUUUCAAUAGAGAUGCAUCACCUCUAGUAAUUAUAGCCCUAGGUCAAAAAGGACAAGUAAGAACACACAAACAAUAGGCUUCGUGAGGUAUCAAGGUGCAAGGUAGCCUAUCCUUUCCAAAAAAGAAUAAUUAACCGUUCUUAUGACUUCCACGGGGCAAAGGUGCGUUUCUUAACAGCCUCUUGAAACUUUCUUCUCUCAACUUAAAGUCCGAAAAUAGCCUGCAAUAGAAUAUCCCAGUAGCCAGGGCGCAGAAGCACAGUCCCCCAACAACAGGCUGACUGCGAAAACGAAAGUCAGGUAACGGUAACGCCCUGAUGCGUCUGAUCCUUUACCGUCGAAGAUUGAUAGGCUAUUUUGUAUGCAACUCGGGUCGAUAGUUUUUACUGUAGCCUAGGGUAGUCUGUUUACCGGCAGACAAAUGAAGAAACGAAGCGCACCUUUCGAAAACUUAUCUUAAACUUGUCUUAAGAGCUUGAGCUGCGAAAUAGCAUCUUUGAAGUGCGUCUCAGAAAAAGCACAGAUUCCUUUCGCUAUUUGGCUGCGUUAAGGAAAGUGAAGGCUGGAUCAGCUCAGAAAUUCGAUGCAACGCACUGUUUCCAACAAAUGGAAUUUAGGUUUUAAAUUCCAAACAAAUGUACAAACCAACUGCAGCCAUUAGCCUUCCUACGUUUUUGCGGCUCUUUGGCAGAAAGGGUAAAUUUUCCCGCUUUGCCUAGACUAGGCCUACUCUAUCUGAGUCAGAGAAGCUCCAUCGACCGAACUACGUCACACGAAGAAAACACCGGGAAACUAAAGCAAUUUAUUUCAGGAUUGCUAAUAUUCAGGCAUGGCUGCAGAACCUCUAACCAUUGUCCUUCUGGGCCACACUGGAAAUGGGAUAAGUGCUUCAGGAAACACCAUUCUUGGAGAGAAAAUGUUUGAGUCAAAACCAUUUUUUAAACCAGUUACAACAAAAAUCAAAAAGGAAAAAGGAGUGUUUCAAGGAAAAAGUAUCUUCGUGGUUGACACUCCAGGGAUUUUAACUGCUGGGUCAGAGCAGAAUUUGAAUGAAUACUGUCAGGACCACCUUCAGUCAUCCAGACUUGUGUUCCUGGUAGUGGUUAAAAUUGAUCGAUUCACCAAUGAACAGAAAAACGCUAUGGAGGCAGCGAUCAGAGUCAUCGGAGAUCAAGGGCUGAGAAACAGCUAUAUACUCUUCACUAGAGGAGAAAACUUAGAUGGCAUGCCAAUUGAGGAAUUCAUCAUUGACAGUCAAGAAGGUCUACUUCAACCUCUUGCCAAAAGGUUUGAAGGAAGGUAUCAUGUGUUCGAUAAUGUGGAAGCAGGUGAAAAACAAGUUGAAGACCUGUUUAAGAAGUUUCAGGAGCAAGGAUGCUUUUCACAAGAUACUGUUGCCAGGAGGCCUGGUCUGAGAAUUGUGCUGUUCGGUCUUCCUGGAUCUGGGAAGAGUUCAUCAGGAAACACGAUCUUUGGAUCAGUGAAAUUUCAAACAGGUUGUGACUUUAAACCAGUCACUAUGCAGAGUGCUGGUAAAACAGACACGGUGGAAGGGCGAAUGGUCACAGUGGUCGACACUCCAGGAUUGCAUGAAGGAGCUAAACAUCUGUUUGAGGAAAUCAGCAAGACGACUAUAGCGGCCGACCCAGGGCCUCAUGCAUUUGUGUUUGUGGUCAGACUUGGUAGAGUUAAUAAAGCAGACUGUCUGAUACUGGAACACCUGCCAAAAGUGUUUAGCAAAGAUGCUUUUAAGUACUCCAUGGUGCUUUUCACUCAUGGAGAACAACUGGGAAACCAGUCCCUGGAUAAGAUCAUCCAGGCUGACAACCAUGUGUCUACACUGGUCUCCCUGUGCAAUAAAAGAUACUGUGUGUUUGAUAAUACAAAGAUAGGAGACAGACUGCAGCGUAGAAGAUUCCUGCAUACAAUAGAGGAUAUAGUCAAAGCUAACAACGGAGGUUAUAUUGAAACAAGCAAAGUGACACCUCCCACACCAGAGCAACAGAGCAAAUUUACGCAGCUUUUGAAAUUACUUGCAAGCUGCUUUUGUUGCGGAUCAGGGACUAACUCUGAUGGUGAAGAUGAUGCUAUGCCAUUCAUGAAAAAGGAGUCAUGAUGUGGUAACUGUUGUCUGAUCAGUUUUCAUCAAUGUGCUGUGUAACCAUGUAGAAAAUAAGUUUCUAUUUGUGUUUGUUGAAUGCAUCAACAACAUUUUUUUUGAAAAGAGAGGCAUUCUAUAUUUUUACUUUCUAAAACAAAAAGUUUGGAUCCUUGAUUAUGAUUUGCUGAAUUGAAUUAUGAUUUGCUGUUUUGUAAUUGAUUCAUGGGAAAUUGGGAAUUGGUCUGAUGAGAGCAGGUUGACCCUCAAUCAUGUAAACCACAAUCACCUGUGUAACCUGUGUUGCUUUGUGAUGGUGAUUUUACAAUGCCUGAUAAAGAUUUGUGAGAUCAAAAAUAUGAAUAUGAAUUAAAGUUCCUGUGAGCUUCUGA